GGACAUGGUGUUGGAGUCUGACCAUUGGACAGUUUUAGUGUAGACACACUCAGUCAUCACUGAACAGAAGUCAAGUAAAGUGUAAAAUACAAGAUUACAUCUCAAAUUUGCGAACAUGGUUGACACAUUCACAUUAUUGGGCCCCACUUUCAGUUACACUCCUUUACCCCUCACAAUCACAUUUCCAACUUCCAACAGAAUCUUCCAUUCUUCUUCAACAAUGGCUUCCAUUCCAAUUCCAUCUUCUCCCAAUCGCAAUCACCGUCGCUGUUACUCUAACCCUAAUCACUCUCACCCUCCUCAUCCACAGCCUGCUCUACUCGUCUUCUCCGGUGGAACCGCCUUCAACGGCGUCGUUGAAGAUCUUAAGAAUUUCACCACACGUGUCGCUCAUGUUCUUCCCGUUUCGGAUGACGGUGGUAGCACCGCCGAAAUCGUUCGCGUCCUCGGUGGUCCUGCUGUUGGAGACAUACGUUCUAGGUGUUUGAGGUUGUCUGAUCAAAGUACAGCGGAGGCUCUUGCGGUUCGAAAUUUGCUUGGUCAUCGUUUACCACUUGAUUCUUUGCAAGCUAAAUCAGAAUGGUACUCUAUUGUGGAAGGUGAUCACGUUUUAUGGAAAGGUGUGUCAAAACCCUACAGGGAGACUAUUCGAGCUUUUCUGGUUUAUUUCCAGAAUCAGAUUCUCCUCCGUUCUGAAGGAUCAUUUUGUUUCAGCAAUGGCAGCAUUGGAAAUUUCUUUUUUGCAGGAGCACGUAUAUUUUUUCAGUCCUUGGAUGCAGCAAUAUUUUUGUUUUCAAGAGUUUCUGAUAUUCCCCCUGAAAGCCUUGUUCUCCCUGUGAUUUCAACCAAUGACAGACUUACAUUAGGGUGUGAAUUAUGGGAUGGAACUAUUAUACGGGGACAGAAUGAAAUUUCUCAUCCAACCAGUGGAACAAUGGAACCUAUUAAGAAGGAAAGUUUUUCGGCUCCAGCUCUUCCUUCAAAAAUAAAACGGGUGUUCUACAUGUCAAGCGAGGGAAAGAAUUUGCUCCAUGAGGUCUUUCCCUCGGCUAAUGCGGCUGUAUUAGAACAACUACAUAAUGUAGAUUGCAUUGUGUAUGGCAUGGGCUCCCUUUUUACUUCAAUCUGCCCCUCAUUGGUAUUGCUGGGGAUUGGGGAGAUUAUUUCUUCACGGUCCUGCCUCAAGGUACUUAUGUUAAAUGGCACACAUGACCGGGAGACUAAUGGAUUUUCAGCUUCUUGUUUUGUAACUGCUAUUACGGAUGCUCUAAAUCGAACAUAUGGAGAACCUUGCAACCGUUUACAGAAUCUUCCUAGUGAAUAUAUCAAUACUCUUCUGGUGCCAAGAAAUAGUAAAAUUUCUGCUGAUGUUGACUGUUUGGCUUCCCAAGGAAUAUUUGAUGUGGUAUGUCUCCCAAAUGUGUUCAUCCUGCAAAAUAGAGUCAGUAUAAUCUCUGCUGUUUACAGCAUGAUAGUUGUUGACUCCCUACUUGAUCCUAAAGUGGGUAUAAUAUAUGAUCCAAAGUCACUGAUUAGAGCUCUUGCUGACCUAAUAGAGAGAUACAUAAAGUCGCAUGUUAAUAGCUUAAUUGAUACCAGAUGAUAAUAAUGAGGGGCUAAUCUAAUUAUUGCCUCACUACUGACCGCCAAAUCAUACAUUUGCAGUCUUUCAUCAUAGUAUACAUGGUGAAUUGGUAUAUUCAUACCCUACCAUCAAAAUGCAGAGUUAGAGACUGGUGUGGCUGUCAGAAGUUCUCUUAUUUAUGUGAAAAAUAUCUAGUUGACGAUAAACACAUGUCGGAGAGUUGUUGUAUUAUAAGAAUAUUGAAAAUAAAACAAUCUCUAUUUACUGCCGUGUAUAUUUGUUUUUUUGUAUAUAUAUCUAACUAUUAAUGUGGGCUAUUAUCACGGAUAGAGCUUUGUAUGUACACCUAUUAUCAUUUAUUGUUUACCUAUA